AUGACAUGGGCUCAAUUCAAUGAGAUCUUCUAUGACAAGUAUUUUCCCCAGUGUUUUCGAGAUCGGAAAGUUUUAGAAUCUCAGGAACUCAACCAAGGCAACAUGUCCGUAGCCGAAUAUGAGGCUAAAUUCACUGAAUUGGCUCUCUUUGCUCCUCACAUGGUAGAUAUGGACUACAAGAAAGCCCGAAAAUUUGAAGAAGGAUUGCACUUAGAUGUAUUUGAUCGGGUAGGUGUCUUGGAGCUGCCUACAUAUGUAGACGUACUUGACAGAGCUCGCAUGGCUGAAGCCAAUCUAGCUGCAAAGAAACAUACUAAAGCUCCAACAACUGAACGGAGAGGUAAAAGAUCUGGAUUCAGUUUUAAGAAGGACCGUUCAUUUGUUAUGAAUAAGAAACAAAAUAUGGGAUCUUCUAGUAGCUCAAGUCAAAGCAGUAGAAAGACAGGUUACAUGAUAAGAGAUUGUCCAAUCGGGUCAGAAAAUGCCAACCGUCCUAUAGCAAGUUUAGCAGGAUCUGCUUCUGGAUCAAGAACAAAUGUUAGAACUAAUACAGGAAGAGAACCCUUGAGACAGGGUAGAGUUUUUGCACUUGUGCCUGGCGACGUACAAAAUACCGAAUUAGUGGUGUCAGGUAUAAUUUCUAUCUGUGCCCAGAAUGCCUAUGUGUUGAUAGAUUCUGGUUCCACGCAUUCUUUUGUAUCAUAUGCUUUUUCUCAGAAAUUAACUAGACCAUUAGAACCUAUGAACUAUUUAUUAUCUGUGUCUGAGCCAUCUGGAGGUUCUAUAAUAUGUGCUUAUGUCUAUCCGACAUGUGAUAUUAUGGUUGGUAAUAUGACAUUAUAUGCUGAUUUGUUGCCCCCGAGCAUUGAUCGUGUUGAUUGUAUUCUAGCAACGGAUUGGCUGGUGAAAUAUUGUGCUAUCAUUGGUUGUGUGAGUAAAUCUGUUGUGUUUAGACCAACUAGUAUGCCUGAGUUUGUUUUUAUUGGAAAUGGGGUAGUUUCUCCGGCAUACUUGAUUUCAUGUAUGAAAGCCACGAAAUUAUUAAGAAAAAGGUUGUCGGGGCUACUUGUGUUAUGUGUUGACUGCAUCUUCGUAUAG